AUGGACUAUGGUGGCAGUGCCACCGCCACCAUCAUGGCCGAAGCAGGCAGCUGCCUGCAGGACGGGCAGAGCUAUAGCGAUAAGGACGUAUGGAAGCCGGAGCCGUGCCGUAUCUGCGUGUGCGACACGGGGACCGUCCUCUGCGACGAGAUCAUCUGCGAGGAGCUGCGGGAUUGUCCCAGCCCCGAAAUCCCCUUCGGAGAGUGCUGCCCCAUAUGUCCCACUGACCAACCCAGCGGGCAACCUGGCCCCAAGGGGCAGAAGGGCGAACCCGGUGACAUUAAAGAUGUCGUAGGACCCCGAGGGCCUCCGGGACCGCAGGUCCCGGCAGGUGAGCAGGGACAACGAGGGGACCGUGGCGAGAAGGGCGAAAAGGGGGCUCCCGGCCCCCGGGGCAGGGAUGGAGAACCCGGCACCCCUGGAAAUCCUGGCCCCCCUGGUCCCCCCGGACCUCCCGGCCCCCCUGGCCUUGGUGGGAACUUCGCAGCUCAGAUGGCAGGCGGCUUCGACGAGAAGGCUGGAGGCGCGCAGCUGGGCGUCAUGCAGGGACCCAUGGGCCCCAUGGGACCCCGUGGCCCCCCCGGACCCUCCGGCGCUCCUGGUCCCCAAGGAUUUCAAGGCAACCCCGGCGAGCCUGGCGAGCCCGGCGCUGCUGGUCCGAUGGGUCCCCGAGGACCACCGGGACCUCCUGGGAAACCCGGUGAUGACGGUGAAACAGGAAAACCUGGCAAAUCCGGCGAGCGUGGCCCCCCUGGCCCCCAGGGCGAAUCCGGCUCACCUGGCGAGAACGGCUCCCCUGGCCCCAUGGGUCCCCGUGGGCUGCCUGGAGAGAGAGGACGUCCCGGCCCCUCCGGCGCUGCGGGUGCUCGUGGCAACGAUGGUCUCCCCGGCCCGGCUGGACCCCCUGGACCUGUCGGCCCAGCUGGAGCCCCUGGCUUCCCCGGUGCCCCCGGCUCAAAGGGUGAAGCUGGUCCCACCGGCGCACGAGGUCCCGAGGGUGCCCAGGGUCCCCGCGGUGAAUCCGGCACCCCCGGCUCUCCUGGCCCUGCCGGUGCCCCCGGUAACCCAGGGACUGAUGGCAUCCCCGGCGCGAAGGGCUCAGCGGGUGCCCCGGGCAUCGCCGGCGCUCCAGGCUUCCCCGGCCCCCGCGGCCCACCCGGACCCCAGGGUGCCACCGGCCCGCUGGGACCCAAGGGACAGACGGGAGAACCCGGCAUCGCGGGCUUCAAAGGCGAACAGGGACCGAAGGGCGAGACGGGACCCGCAGGACCCCAAGGUGCCCCCGGGCCGGCUGGCGAGGAAGGCAAGAGAGGAGCCCGCGGUGAACCUGGUGCUGCCGGCCCUGUGGGACCACCUGGAGAGAGGGGUGCCCCCGGCAAUCGCGGCUUCCCCGGGCAGGAUGGGCUCGCUGGACCCAAGGGUGCUCCGGGCGAGCGCGGUCCCGCCGGCCUCGCGGGUCCCAAGGGAGCCACCGGCGAUCCCGGGCGCCCCGGAGAGCCCGGGCUGCCUGGAGCCAGGGGUCUCACCGGCCGCCCAGGUGACGCUGGUCCUCAAGGCAAAGUCGGCCCAACCGGUGCUCCUGGCGAGGAUGGUCGCCCCGGCCCCCCCGGCCCGCAGGGUGCUCGUGGCCAGCCUGGCGUGAUGGGCUUCCCUGGUCCCAAAGGUGCUAACGGCGAGCCUGGAAAAGCCGGUGAGAAAGGCCUCCCUGGUGCCCCAGGGCUGCGGGGUCUUCCUGGCAAGGACGGUGAGACGGGAGCUGCUGGCCCCCCAGGACCUGCCGGUCCCGCGGGUGAGAGAGGAGAGCAAGGAGCCCCCGGUCCCUCUGGCUUCCAGGGGCUGCCCGGGCCACCAGGUCCCCCCGGAGAGAGCGGCAAACCCGGAGAUCAGGGUGUUCCCGGAGAAGCCGGUGCCCCUGGUCUUGUUGGUCCCAGAGGCGAACGUGGCUUCCCCGGUGAACGUGGCUCUCCUGGUGCACAAGGGCUGCAAGGUCCUCGUGGGCUCCCCGGCACACCGGGCACCGACGGACCCAAGGGUGCAACCGGACCGGCCGGCCCCAAUGGUGCCCAGGGUCCCCCAGGGCUUCAGGGAAUGCCCGGUGAGAGAGGAGCAGCCGGCAUUGCCGGUCCCAAGGGAGACCGGGGAGACGUCGGAGAGAAGGGUCCCGAGGGAGCCCCUGGAAAGGACGGCGCACGUGGUCUGACGGGUCCCAUUGGUCCCCCCGGCCCCGCUGGCCCCAAUGGCGAGAAGGGUGAAUCUGGCCCUCCUGGUCCGUCUGGUGCUGCCGGUGCCCGUGGUGCCCCUGGCGAGCGUGGUGAACCCGGUGCCCCUGGUCCCGCCGGAUUUGCUGGCCCCCCGGGUGCUGACGGGCAACCCGGUGCCAAAGGCGAACAAGGAGAGCCCGGGCAGAAGGGUGACGCCGGCGCUCCCGGUCCCCAAGGUCCCUCUGGCGCACCUGGCCCGCAGGGUCCGACUGGUGUAACUGGUCCCAAAGGAGCCCGGGGUGCUCAGGGCCCCCCUGGAGCCACUGGAUUCCCCGGCGCCGCCGGCCGUGUGGGACCACCCGGCCCUAAUGGUAACCCAGGCCCCCCCGGCCCCCCCGGCUCUGCUGGCAAAGAUGGUCCCAAGGGUGCUCGUGGUGAUGCCGGUCCCCCGGGCCGUGCUGGUGACCCCGGUCUCCAAGGCCCCGCCGGCCCCCCUGGCGAGAAAGGUGAACCCGGCGAGGACGGCCCCGCGGGUCCUGACGGUCCCCCCGGUCCCCAAGGUUUGGCAGGACAGCGUGGCAUCGUCGGUCUUCCUGGACAGCGUGGAGAGAGAGGCUUCCCCGGGCUGCCGGGACCAUCGGGCGAACCUGGGAAACAAGGAGCACCCGGCUCUGCAGGCGACCGCGGCCCCCCUGGCCCUGUGGGUCCCCCCGGUCUGACGGGUCCUGCCGGUGAACCUGGGCGCGAGGGUAACCCUGGCUCUGACGGACCCCCGGGCAGGGACGGUGCAGCUGGCGUGAAGGGCGAUCGUGGCGAGACCGGUCCUGUAGGUGCCCCUGGCGCUCCCGGUGCCCCCGGCGCUCCUGGCCCCGUCGGUCCCACCGGCAAACAAGGAGACAGAGGCGAGACGGGUGCACAAGGUCCCAUGGGUCCCUCCGGUCCUGCUGGUGCUCGAGGCAUGCCGGGUCCCCAAGGGCCUCGCGGUGACAAGGGUGAGACGGGAGAGGCUGGAGAGAGAGGACUGAAGGGCCACCGCGGCUUCACCGGGCUGCAGGGUCUUCCCGGACCACCCGGUCCUUCUGGAGACCAAGGUGCUGCUGGUCCUGCGGGUCCCUCCGGUCCCAGGGGUCCCCCCGGCCCCGUCGGCCCCUCUGGCAAAGACGGCUCCAAUGGCAUGCCCGGCCCCAUCGGUCCCCCCGGCCCCCGCGGGCGAAGUGGCGAACCAGGUCCUGCGGGUCCUCCCGGAAACCCAGGUCCCCCCGGUCCUCCUGGCCCCCCCGGCACUGGCAUCGACAUGUCAGCUUUUGCUGGCCUGGGUCAGCCAGAGAAGGGUCCCGAUCCCAUCCGCUACAUGCGGGCGGACGAGGCCGCUGGCAGCCUGCGGCAGCACGAUGUCGAGGUGGACGCCACGCUCAAGUCCCUCAACAACCAGAUCGAGAGCAUCCGCAGCCCCGAGGGCUCCAAGAAGAACCCGGCUAGGACCUGCCGUGACAUCAAGCUUUGCCAUCCCGAGUGGAAGAGCGGAGACUACUGGAUCGACCCGAACCAGGGCUGCACCUUGGACGCCAUCAAAGUUUUCUGCAACAUGGAGACGGGCGAGACCUGCGUCUACCCCAACCCCAGCAGCAUCCCCAAGAAGAACUGGUGGACCAGCAAGACCAAAGACAAGAAGCAUGUCUGGUUCGCAGAGACCAUUAAUGGCGGUUUCCACUUUAGUUAUGGCGAUGAAGACCUGGCUCCCAACACUGCCAACAUCCAGAUGACCUUCCUCCGUCUCCUGUCCACUGAAGGCUCCCAGAACGUCACUUACCACUGCAAGAACAGCAUUGCCUACAUGGAUGAGGAGACAGGCAACCUGAAGAAAGCCAUCCUCAUCCAGGGGUCCAACGAUGUAGAGAUCAGAGCUGAGGGCAACAGCAGGUUCACAUACAGCGUCUUGGAGGAUGGUUGCACGAAACACACUGGCAAAUGGGGCAAGACAGUCAUUGAGUACCGAUCGCAGAAGACCUCGCGCCUGCCCAUUGUAGAUAUUGCACCUAUGGACAUUGGUGGAGCCGAUCAGGAGUUUGGCGUGGAUAUUGGCCCAGUCUGCUUCUUGUAAAAAGAAUUGU